AUGUCUUCUUCAAUACCGUCGACGACUAGCGUCCUUCAAAAAUUAAAUCAGCAAAUUUCUACUCCAGCGACAGUUUCGGCCUGCCUUCAGGCCGUGUCUUUACUGUCUGAGGCUGAGCGCAAGGUCCUUGUGGAGUCCCCUGCCAAGUACCACAUCACACCUACAGACAAGGAGGCAUUCACAACUGCUGCCGUGCGGGCACUAUCCUCAGAUGAUCUGGACCAAGAGCUUGGAGAGGCUGCCAGCGGGGCCUCUGAUGCAGUCAAUGGCAUUCUUGAACUAAUGGUGGGCCUUAUAAUCAAUUUAGCAUGGGGCGAUUCGAUGAACGGCACGCACCUCACUGAACAGUAUGAGCCGAUUCUGAGGCUGUACUGCAAGACCAUGAGGGAUGGGAUUCCGCUUGCCAACACGAUUGCUCAGUAUGCGGAAGACUUCGACAAUAAAGUCAUUGGACUCUGUGCAGACAGUUCUCUAACUAUGAAUGAGCGUAUAUCGACAAUCCAAGGAUACAUCAAGGAUGCGGAAGGGUACCAAACCACGGCAACUGAGAUGCAGAGCACCCUAGAGUCUGUGUUUGAAAAAACCAUGGAUUUCAUAAACCAGCUCGGGAGCCAGUCACUGAAGAGCGACACGAAGGAGAGGGCAAAGGGCUUCCCAGCACCGAGGUUAACAAAGAAAUUCUCAGACGUGCCGCUCGAUGUACAAAUCCCAGCACUCAGGGUGGCGCUGAAAUCACCUUUCGGGCCAUACGUCAUGAUUGCUGGUCUGCUUGGAGUUGCUAACCCUGAGGCGACCAUCGCGGCCUAUUCUAUUGCUGCGUCUAUGACCAAUCAGGAAUAUGUACCUAUCACAACAGUCAUAUCUGACCUAGCCACGCAGGGUCAAUCAGGAAGUGCAGAGGACACCAACACGGAGUAUUUCAACGAAUUUCGCGAGCAUAUCGGAGUUCUCGCGGGUUACUGGGGCAGUACACUUAUUGAUGCACGAGAAAUCGAGUCAUGGUUGAAAAUGGGCGCCUCUCUCGUAGAUAUACCCACCUACAUGGAAAAAGCGCUGAAUGGAGGGGUCAAGCUCUAUGUGAAAGUAGGCAAGUACUUGCGACUAUACGCCGAACAGACCAGCCAGAUGCCUUGGGAUGACUGGGUUAAUGCCGAUGAGAAUUCGUAG